AAAUUUGGUACAGCAAAUACCUUGGAUUAGCUACAACACUGGCCUUUGUGCAAGGAGGUGGGAUAGUACAGCGAAUGGCACUAAUGCGGACCUGUAACUGUUACCGAAGUAUCAAAUGAUCAUAUCGGGGAGACCAGAGUAGCUAUUGAAGGUUGUUUAGAGUCACAUGGAUGAAAUUGAUGUUUUUUGAAUGUAUGUCUUUGCAGAAGGUUGCUACUAACUAGGAGUGGUUUCAGCGCUACUGUUUUGUGUGUUUGGGGUGCUCAUUUUUAAUAUGGAUAAUUUGCCCUUGUGUCAGAUUGUGUCCGUGAGUGAUCAUCUUAUUUAAUGGUUGUGCUUUUCUCAAAACCCUUUAAAUGAUAAUUUAGUUCAUUUAAAUAUAUGUUAAUCAACCAAUUGUUGCUCUUCAAUAUCUUUUGGGCUCGGAUUGUAUUUUGUAUCAAAGCUUUUUUGGGAUGGAAGGGAUUUCAUUUCAACUACCAUCUUGCUCGAAAACGAUGAAAUUAAAUUUUUUAAAUCGUGGAUGUUUCGUUGCAGUACCCACAAUUAUUUCUAAACAGUUCAGAAAUCCUUUAAGAUGUCAUUUCAAGUUUGUUGAAAUUAGUGGGUGGAAAUCAUCAAUGAUUCAUUCACCACUCAGGUUGGAGCAAAAGACUGAGAGACACCGCAAACCCAGAAAUAAAUUCAUCAUUGCGAGGACACUAUUAAAUGGUUUAUUAGUUGGGUCAACAAAUGAUAUAUCGAAGAUUGCUUCAUCAAUAUGGACCGAUAGUGUUCUGAUUUCCGUAUUAUCUUACUUUCACUAUCUUGCGUUUUUGGAAAGUCUUAUUUUUGAAGAAUGGUCUUUCAACUUUGAUAACGGAUAUGUAGAUAAAAAAGAAGAACAGAGUCGUUGGUCUACGUAUGAUUCAAGUAAUGAUUGCCAACAGCACUACUUGAAUUUAUGCGCAAGAUCAUCGAGGCUGAUUAAAACGGGUGCGAAACAAAAAAAGAGAAACAAAAUAAACAAACCAAUUAUCACAAAAUUUUCAUUGAAAGCAAAACAAAAUAGCAGAAGGACCAAAAUUAAGUAUUGAUGGGAUUGACCAGCACAUCUUCGGACCCCCAGCAACAAAGCAUUGAGCGGAUACCUUCAGGAAGCUACAAAUUCAAUUGUUGCACUAUAUAGUGUUAUGAGUAUAUAAUAAUAGAUAUAUAGCAUAAGUAUUAUAAAGAUCAUUUUGUACGACCUCU